GUGCCCCAGUUUGCAGGUGACCGGUGAGCACGGUCGGACUGAAUGGCACGGUCUUCUCACUACGCACCCUUUUUGUUCUCACACGUUCUUUCUGAAAACGGGUCCCACUCACGUGGCGUUGGACGGGCGCCAGAGUAAACAGAAUCAGAAUGGCCCAUGGCGGGACAGGACGUGAUGCCAGCAAGGUGAUCAUGCCGAAACACCUACUGCGGCACACAAACACAGCCCCCAACGGGGAUAAUCAUCACCCUUUCAUUUUAUUAUCGAUAUGUCCAUUUUUUUUUUAACAGUGAUGUUCACACGCUAUCUAAUAUGCCUGCUUCCUGUUAAUAAUCUAUGAUCACUAUCACUGCUGUUCAAAACCGGUGUCUUACUAUGCUGGAGACAGAAAGAGGCAAUACCCCCACAGUCCGUUAUCUUUGGACUAGUGAACUAUUGAUAAAAUACGAGCGGAUGGUCUUCCUGACAGCUGGCAACUGCUCUGUAUGCACACAAUUGCAGACAGGCUUAGCAACUUAAAUUAGAGCAGUUAGAUUAGACAGUAAAUUAGAUGAGCAAUGUGGAGCAGCGGUGCGAAGCAGUGGGCAGAGCAGCAGUAUGAAGCGGUGGCGGGCGAUGGAGGCCGGUGAGCCGCUGCGGGUGAAGGAGGAGGAAGAAGAGGCGAACCGCGCCUCGGAGUCGGACGCGAGCGGGAAAGGGGAGGGGCCUGACGACGGGUGGCCCCCGACGGAGGAGCGUGUGAGGGAGGUGCUGUCCCAGGUGGAGAGGCGCUCGAAGGAGGUGGUGUCCUACAUGGAGGGGUGCCUGGAAGAGGCGGGGCCCCGGUUCGAGGGGUGCAUCGGCGAGGUGAAGCUCCUGGAGCUGCAGCGGGACGCGCGGGUCGCACAGCUGCUGCUGCUGGAGCAGCCAAUGGCGCGGGCCACGCAGGCGCUGAGGGCGGAGCUUGGCAAGGCCCGUAAACUCCUCACGCGGGCGGAGCUGGAGAGGCAGAGCCUGCAGGAGCAGGUGUGGCAGGUGAAGAGGCGGCUCUUCCUGGUUGCCAGGGACUGCAUCCAGAGCCAGGUCACGCUGGCAACCCAGCAACACGAGGUGGCGCAAUUUGCAAUCACACAGGAGGAGCUGACAGUGCAGAUCCAGGAGCUGACGGAGGAGGCGUCUCAGCUGCGGGAGGAGCAGCAGGAUCAGCUGCGGGCGGUGCGGGAGCAGGCCCAGGCAGCGGGCCGACGGCGGCGACCCCGCAGCGACCUCACGCACUGCCGUCGCUUCUCCCUGGACCUCCAGCAGUACCUGCGGGGUGGGGUCCAGGCUCUGGAGCAGCACUACGAGCCCCGGCUCCUGGCCCUGCUCCGGAGGAGGCAGUGGGGGGAGGAGGCGCUGCGGAGGCAGAGGGAGGAGGCGAAGGACCUGAGGGUCCGCAUCGCGCCUCUGAGGGAGGAGGUCCAGGCCCUGGAGCUCCAGAGAGCCUGUAUGGAGGAGAGGGUCGCCCUCAUGGAACGGGAGAGGGAGGAGAAUGUGGCGCAGUACCGGGAAGCCCUGGAGGUACUGGAGCAGAGUCUACAUGACUUGAAGACGGAGGUUCAGGUGCAGAAGAAGACAAAUGAAGCAAUGGAGAACCUCAAGAACAGCCUGUCCAAGGAGCUGGACGUCCACAGGAAGUUUGGGGAAGUGUACGGAACGCCCCGGAUUCCCUCUCAGAUCCAAGAAUCUCCUGGCGAGAUGAGCUCUGAACUCCGAAAUCAAUUGCUUUAAUUAAUCGCGUCAGUGCCGAGCAACAAAGAAAACCAGCAAUGGGGCUGUGGCGCUCCUGGACCAGGAUUACAGACCUCUGCCUAUGACCCUGCCCUCACCACAAGCAUUAGCUGAUGUAAUUCUACUUACAAAGGUCUUGAUUGAAGACUGUGAUUAGUUAAUACUUGAAUCAGGAGUCAUGGUGCUGGGCUAAAAAAAAAAAGAAAAAUCUGCACCAUCCAAUCUGCACCGCCUUUUUGGAUGGCCAAUCAGUGAUUUACAUUAGUCACUUAAGUGCUGAAACACCAAGACCAACAGGCACUUGGGGGCUUCCAGGACUGAAGUUAAACUUGCUGAUACAGCACCCCCUCCAGGACUGGAGGUAAACCUGCAGGCACAGCAUCUCCCUCCAGGCCUGGAGUUAAACUUGCAAACACA